AUGCAGGUUUCUAUAGGUGGUCAAUCUUUUUCCGAUGAAAUCAGGCCAGAUCUUCACAAGAUUUCUAAGAAAAAUUCUUCUUCUCCAGCUUCUGUGUGGGGAAUCUGGGCUUUGUUUUACCAAUUUAUCAAAAGAAGAGGUCCAAAGCGUCUGCUGGGUAUCAAGAUGGCUACCUUCCGGCUUCACUUGAUAUGCAGAUCGAGCCCGGAGGAGUUCGAACUAUAUAAAGAAGGUUUGGAUGAUUCAGAUGUUGAAUCCUCGUAG